AUGGCGGCUAAACCUGCACCGGCGCCAGCUGCGAACGUCGCCCUGGACGUGGGUAUGACCUUCGACACUGAACAAAGCCCACUCUUCCAGCGCGUUUUUAAUACCCUGUCUGUGUCACCACUGCUGAUCCAGUUGCGAGAGGAUCUGACCGAAAUGGCACAGCGAGCACCGCGACAAGAUCGAACUCACUGGAAAAGAAACGCCUCAGACGACGACUCUAUCGUGAAGUUGUACGACCUAUCGAACAUCAACAGCAUGCGACUAGUGCAUGUAUUGAAUUGGGACCGUUUCGGCGACAGAAAUGUAUUUGCACAGGAAGUCAACGCCUUCAUGAGACACCUUCGCAGCCCGAUGGCAGAUAGUCACAGCCGUAUUGUCAUCUUGAAUCGGUAUCAGGGUUCAUUGCUUGAUUUCGAGACAGCCUUGCAUCUUCACAUUAUGAUCGUGGAGCUUGAGGUACCGAUUGACAUGGCAGCAGGCUUGCUACACCUUUGUCAAGGUUAUUUGGGACCUGGAAACACUCUCGGGGCGGCGGCCAACCUAUGGGCUCAAGUUCUACCUCUUGGCCAUGUGCGUUUUGGGAAAAGUUACUUACCUCCUAUGAACUGGAACAUCUCGGCUGUCGACCUCAAAAUGUGCAAUUUUUCCGGUCGUUCAGCCCACACUGUCAAUGCACUGGAGCGUCACGAAGAUGACCAAUGGUUUGCAAGACGCCAAGUCCCACCCCCAAGAUUCCAAAGAACGGACACUCGAGGUGUCGUAUCCAAUGCGCUAAAUAGGUGGCCUGCCUCUAACCUCGAAGCUUAUCUAGCCGUGGACGAAGAUGAUUCGAUCACCAGAGUUGCGAAGGGACAGCCAACAUCACACUGGUUGAACGCUGUCAUUCGAACCAUUGCUUUUCGCUACUCGUGUAGACCUAGCAAUCUACGAACCAAGCUGUCAAGUAUGGAGGACGACGAAUUUGAGGCUUUUUGCGACGAAGUGGCCACAGAACAUCAGGCAGCAAAGCUAGACCUCUUCAAAAUCGAAUCCUUCUUGGCUCGACAUCGAGAUCUGGACCGUUCAAACUGUGCGUCGGCGCUCCAGUCGCUUGCAGUUACUGUCGAAUACCUGAGAGCGGACUACGAAAAUAUAUGCGCUAGCUUCGAGCGACGCUCAACCCUCAGAAGUCUCGAAAUGGCUCGACGGUCUAUUGACGAGAGCCGUGCGACAAUCCGAUGUAAGGUCCGCGUGCGCUCAGCUGUCCACCAGCUAACGGUAGCAUAUAGUGACUUGGCUCGCGACAGUAUUCUUACCGAUCAGCCUUGCUUCGUCCAUCUUUGGCAUGAACGUGCGUGA